GUCCAACCACCUAAUCAUUUUCUCAAUUAGAAAAAAAAAACCCUUUCUUUUUUCGAUUUCUUCGUUCCACGAAAGAACAUUCACAUUAAUCAUUUAAUCAAAUAUGAACUUGCUUCUGAGACCAUUGACAUUCAAAACCUAUCAAAGUCGUCUUCUUGGAUAUGUAUAAAAAAAAGCUAAAUUGUCUCUCAGUUUUCUAACAAGGUUGUUCUUCUCUUUUACUAGUAGCAUUCAAUUUUGGGAUAUAUCAUAUUACUUGGAUACUGCAGCAUGGACGGUGAUGAAGCUCACCAAAUCUCAUUACUUGAUGGAAAAGAAGACAAAUUUGGUGGUGUUGUGGUGAAUUUGAUGGAAGUGGAAUCCAUGACUGUUGAUGAUUUUGAUGCGAAGCUUGAUCUUUCACUUAAGGCAUGGAAGGAUCAGGGGAAGAAUGGGAUUUGGAUAAAGCUGUCUCGUGAGCGUUCGAGUCUUGUUGACACGGCAAUCAAGAAAGGGUUUACAUACCAUCAUGCCGAGCAUGAAUACGUGAUGCUUACCUCUUGGCUCGGGGAGGAACCUAGCACUCUUCCUGCUAAUGCUUCUCAUCGUAUUGGGAUCGGUGCUUUUGUCCUAAACAAGAACGGAGAGAUGCUCGUGGUUCAAGAGAAUAGUGGAUAUCUCAAAGAUAGAAAUGUGUGGAAGGUGCCUACCGGUACUAUUAAAGAGGGUGAGAGUAUAUGGGCUGGAGCAAUUAGGGAAGUAAAAGAAGAAACUGAUAUUGAUACAAAAUUUGUAGAAGUCUUGGCUUUCAAGGAAAGCCACCAAGCAGUCUGGCAAAGAAAAACGGAUAUAUUUUUCGUGUGUGAGUUGGAAGCAAGCACUUUUGAAAUCAAGAGACAAGAAUCUGAGCUCUCUGCUGCUAAGUGGAUGCCGGUUGAGGAAUACGUAAACCAACCCUUUCACGCCGAGGAGGGGAAAGAGAUGUUUAAGUUAAUAGCUAACAUCUGCUUAAAGAGGUCGAAGAAGGAGUACAUGGGUUUCCACAAUGUCCACACUACAAAAUCAUUGAAGGAGAGCCUUUACUGCAGUGCCGAUCAUUCCGCCAACCUCAUGAGCAAGACGUGUGACGAAGCCUCAACUUCCACCUCUCUCUGAGAAAACUCUCGUCAUAACAUGUUUCUGUUUCUUUUUCUUGAGUUUUUUUGUUUAUUGAAGAAAAAUGAAAUUGUUUCCUCUAUCAAGUCGAAACGUCUCUGUGAAGAUGCGGACUAGCUGUUGCCUUGGAAAUCCACGUUUAUUGAGCGACAUCAUAUCAUGCUCUUGAGAAUCUUGAGACACUUUAUUGUAAUUGAACAUUCAAGAAACGUAUUCAAUUACAAGAAUACUAAUAUUAAAAAUUUAUAAGAACAA